GAAAAACAAUCUGGAAGCUGCUCCAGCAGUAUAAAAGGCGACUCCGGGCGAGUUACUUCACUGACCACAAGAAAGUAUAGAAGUGUGACAGAAAACGAACAACUGGUUACUGAAAACGAACAACUGGUUACACAAAGAUGUUCAAGGGUCCGGUACUUGUUGCUGCAAAAAUCACCAUUCUCGUGAUACGAUGUAUUUGCGGGGAUGUGACUUUUGGAGAGAAACAUCUCCAAUUAGGAAGUUUACCAAAAGAUCUCUCGAUUGAUACUGACCAAUUAUCGCCAGUAACAACUGAAGCUGGCGCCACAGUCCAUGGGAAGAUUCCUGAAGGAUAUUACUUAACAAGCAUGGGGCACACGGGACAUUCGGCAUAUGGUGACAUUAUUGAGGACAAAACAUCGUCCCAACUAGCCAGGACGCGACUACACCAUCAAUAUCCCAACAGGGCCUACACUAACACUGGCGAAACAGAUUUAGAGUCAGACUCUCAGGUAGACUUUGAUCCAGAUUAUGUUGCCGAUAUUUCCAAAUAUCUUACGAAUGAAAUAUUGCAGAUCGUCACCAAUGGGAAUAAAUUUAGCUCGACAAUGAUAGCAAAAAUACUGGAAACCUUGAUGUUGGAUAAUCAGCCCAAUGGAAAAUCAGAAUUGUCGAAAACAUUAAACAUGCCCGAAAACACAUCAGCUACUAUCAGUAAUGGCAGUACUGUGACGUCAAAUUCUGUUUCUAGCCCCUUCUUCAGGCCAGUCAAGACGAUGGCUGAUGUCAUGGCUCUGGAGAAACCUAAGGCUUCCACGGUAGUUCACGAGCAGAAGAAAGCCUUCUUUUGUCCACUGAUGUAUCGCACGGCCUUCUCCGUCAGCAGGUGUUGGAUGUUCUCAAAGCUCAUCAAAACGAGACAAGUACGCAUGCGCCAACACGCUAUAGCUAGAGCAAAGGCUGCGAGGAAAAAACUUGCCCGUGCAGCACGGUAAUAUUAACUUGAGUAAAGAACAUAUCAGACAUGUUAUUCCCUCCUUAGCAUAUAUCCGUAUAGAUAAUAUAUAGAAAAAUGCUACCAGAUCUUAAACGUUGGAACAUAAUAAGAUUCAUGAUAUGGUAGUAAAUAGAACAUAAUUAGUAAGGAUGUAACUUUCAUAUGAGGUACGUAAUCAAGGGUGAAACUUGAAUGCGAUGUACAUAAAAAGGGUGUACCUUUCUUAUGAGGUACGAAAAAAGGGUAUUACUUUCAUAUUGUGUACGUAAUUAAGGGUGUAACUUACAUAUUGUGUACGUAAUUAAGGAUGUAACUUAAUAUUGUGUACGUAAUUAAGGGUGUAACAUUCAUAUAAGGUACAGUACGUAAAAAGGGUGUUACUUUCAUAUUGUGUACGUAAUAAAUGAUGAAACUUUCACAUGAGACACAUAAUUAAGGUUAUAACUUACAUAUGAGGUACGUAAUUAAGGGUGUAACUUACAUAUGAGGUACGUAAUUAAGGGUGUAACUUACAUAUGAGACAUAAUUAAGGGUGUAACUUCCAUAUGAGGUACGUAAUUAAGGGUGUAACUUACAUGAGGUAGGUAAUUAAGGGUGUAACUUACAUAUGAGACAUAAUUAAGCGUGUAACUUCCAUAUGAGGUACGUAAUUAAGGGUGUAACUUACAUGAGGUAGGUAAUUAAGGGUGUAACUUACAUAUGAGACACAUAAUUAAGGGUGUAACUUCCAUAUGAGGUAGGUAAUUAAGGGUGUAACUUACAUGAGGUAGGUAAUUAAGGGGUGUAACUUCCAUAUGAGGUAGGUAAUUAAGGGUGUAACUUAAAUAUGAGGUAGGUAAUUAAGGGUGUAACUUACAUAUGCGGUAGGUAAUUAAGGGUGUUACUUCCAUACGCGGUAUGUAAUUAAGGAUGCAACCUCCAUAUGCGGUACGUAAUUAAAUAUAAAUGCAACAUAUACAAUCAAAUUUGCAUCACAUAACACAUUACUCGUAUACAGAAGUAAUUUUACUUAGAAAAAAUAAAAAUGCAUUUUGUUACUUUCAUUGACAAGCAACAGAUCCAGAUAUGUGAAUGAAAAAGCGAAAAUGGACAUAGAUAAGGUAUAUAGAAAUUGAAUAUUUAUGGAAAUAAAUUUGACUUCCCAUCAUUCACU